GAAGCCAUAGUCGGCAGUCUUGUAAACUGUUAAGGCGUCGCAUGUUACUUAUGUACAUUGGGAAAAAAACCAACAUGGAAUUAAAUUUUAUAAAGUGUUUCCUAUUGAUUGUUUUGUGUCCAACUGUUUGGUCAGCAAGCACACUAAAAUUAAUAAGUAUAGUUUUUCGUCAUGGAGAUCGAACGCCAGUUCCUCCCUUCGAACUUUAUCCCAAAGAUCCACACAAAAAGUAUAAAUUUACUCCUCCGGGUUACGGGAAAUUAACGGAAGGUGGUCAAUUAAGAGCGAAUAGUUUGGGAAUUUUUCUUCGAAAUACUUAUAACGAAUUCUUGGGAGCAAAUUACACCGCAGGAUUCAUAGAAGCACGAAGUACGAAAGUUAAUCGAACACAGGAAUCCCUGAAAUUUGUCCUCAAGGGUUUAUAUCCAGGAGCUUCUGUAUCAGCAAUUGUUAAUCCCUCCUAUAGAGAUCGUUUAUUCUUUCCUCAAACAUGCAUCAGAUACGAUUUGGAGUAUUUAAAGGCAAGAAAAAGCCAAGAUGUAAAAGAGGAAUUGAAUAGAUUAAGGGAUUUUAGAAAAAAUUUAACAGAUUGGACGGGAAAAAAGAUAAAAAGCGCCCUCGACAUGUAUUUAAUUUACACAACUCUAGAAUGCGAAAAGUUUAUGAAUCUGACAUUACCACCUUGGACCAUUGGAGUCUAUCCAGAUGGUGAUCUCCUAACCGGAGCUGUUCUCGAAAACAAAAUAAUGAAUUACAACGAGAAAAUGAUACGCCAAAAUGGAGGAAUGCUGGUGAAAAAAUUCAUAACCGACAUGGAAGCAGUUAGAAAUGGAUCAAUGGACAAAAAUAGAAAACUAAUGUUAUAUAGCGCUCAUGAUAUUACCGUUACUGCAAUUCUAACGGCUCUGAAUGUUUAUUAUCCACACAUACCCAAAUUUACCUCUGCUGUAAUUGCAGAAUUACAUUUUAUAGAGAAUAGAUUUUUCGUAAAGAUUUUAUACUAUUUGGGAGUACCUGCAAAAUUGACAGAAUUACAAAUCCCAGGUUGUAAUGUUUCAUGUCCUCUAGACGAAUUUAUCACCCUGACUAAAAGAAUUGUUCCCGUUAAUUUGAAUUCCUGCGAUCGAAAUUAGAAUCCAUUCUUGAAUCAAUACUAUAAAAUAUUUAUACAAAAAAAUCACUACAGAACGAUAAUAAUUAUAAUUACAAAACUAUUACAAAACUUAAAAUUUAAAUCAUAAUUCAGUGCUAUUUUCAAGUACUCUGUAUGGUAAUUUAAAUUUACCCCCAAGA